UGGAAGCCACUUAAUUACCUCCCCAGCUUUUUACUAAGAAACAGUUUAUGUAUUAAGCAAAGUUUGCUUGCUACAUAUCCUCAAGUCUCAAGAGAAAUCAAGCCUCACACCCUCUUGUGAUUUUGAAACAAAAACCAACCAUGGCUUUCAUAAAUUCCCUAAUAGCUUCCAUAAGUUCCCUAAUCGCUUCCAUAAUUGCGUUCCUAAGUUUUCUAAUACCCUUUUCAUCAUCAUCUUCAUCUUCAUCUUCUUCUUCUUCCUCUGCUACGACUACUACUAAUUCCAUCCCUCAAAAGAACUAUGAUGUUUUCUUGAGUUUUGGAGGCGAAGACACCCGCUAUAAUUUCACUGAUCACCUCUACCAAGCUUUGCUCAAGAGAGGCAAUCGCACCUUCAGAGAUGAUAAACUUAAGAGAGGAGAAGAGAUUGGGUCAGAACUCUUCAAAGUCAUUGAAAGAUCAAGGUUUUCCGUAAUCGUUUUCUCUGAAAACUAUGCUGAUUCAAGAUGGUGUUUAAAUGAGCUUGUUAAGAUCAUGGAGUGCAGGAAAGAAAUGGGACAAAUCGUCCUCUCAAUUUUCUACCAUGUUGAUCCAUCCCAUGUACGAAAGCAAACAGGGGGUUUUGGAGAAGCUUUUAAGAAUUACAAAGAAGAUACAAAAGAGAAGAAAGAGAUGGUGCAAAGGUGGAGGAGUGCAUUGACAGAGGCAGCCAAUCUAUCAGGAGAGCAUGUGAAAGAUGAUGGGUAUGAGUCACAGUACAUUAAGAAAAUUACUGAAGAUAUUUUCAGUAGGUUGAAUCAUGGUUUCAUAUAUGUUGACAAGAAUCUUGUUGGACUGGAUUCCCAUUUGAAUGAAAUGACUUCGAAAUUAUGUAUUGAGUCAAAUGAUGUUCGAAUGGUUGGAAUCUAUGGAUGUGGUGGAAUAGGUAAAACUACCCUUGCCAAAGUUGUUUGUAAUAGAAUCUUUCAUCAAUAUGAAGGUACCAUCUUUCUUGGAAGUGUGAGAGAAGCUUGUGCAGAUCAUCGUGGUUUACUUAACUUACAAAAACAACUUUUGGAUAUCUUAGUGGGGGAAAAUCACAACGUAAGUAGUUUGGACCAAGGAAAGCUAAUGAUAAAAAAUACAUUCAACUGCAAAAGGGUUCUUAUUAUCCUUGAUGAUAUAGAUGAUCUGAGCCAAUUAGAAUCCUUAGUUGGAAGCAAGGAAUGGUUUGGUCCAGGAAGUCGAAUUAUUAUUACAACUAGAAAUAAGCACCUAUUAAAACUUCAUCAUCUAGAUGAUUCAUACCAGAUGAAGGAAUUAGAUGUUGAGGAUUCCAUUGAGCUCUUUAGUUGGAGUGCCUUUAGACAAAACCAUCCCAAACAAAAGUAUGCAUACCUCUCAAAGUGUAUAGUAGAUUAUGCUAAAGGGCUUCCAUUAGCUCUUAAAAUCUUGGGUUCUUUAUUAUACGAAAGAACAAUACUUGAAUGGGAGAGUGAAUUGCAUAAAUUGAAAAGAAUACCAAACAUGGAAAUCUUACAUGUUCUUCGAAUAAGUUUUGAUGGAUUAGAUCGUGAACAAAAGGAGAUAUUUCUUGAUAUUGCGUGCUUUUUCAAAGGACAAGAUAUGGAUUUUGUGUCAAGAAUUUUGGAUGGUUAUAGUGGAAUAAGACAUCUAUCUGACAGAAGUCUUAUCACUAUUUUAAAUAACAAGAUACAUAUGCACGAUCUUAUACAACAAAUGGGUUGGGAAAUUGUUCGUGAAAAAUAUCCUAGAGAUCCUAACAAGUGGAGCAGAUUGUGGGAGCCUGAGGAUAUCUAUCGAGCAUUUAUAAGGAAGCAGGGAAUGGAAAACGUUGAGGCAAUAUUUAUGGACUUGUCUAGAAUGAAGGAAAUACAAUUCAAUUCACAAGUUUGGGCAGAGAUGAUGAAACUUAGGUUGCUCCAAAUCAUUUGUAAUGAUGAUGAAGAGUUUAUGAAAAUGGAGUCUAAGGUGCAUUUUCCUGAAGACUUUGAAUUUCCUUCAUAUGAGUUAAGUUAUCUUCUUUGGGAAAGAUAUCCUUUGAAAUCAUUGCCCUCAAAUUUUUAUGGCGAGAACCUGAUUGAAAUCAACUUGAAGAAGAGCAACAUAAGACAACUUUGGCAAGGGAAUAAGUGUCUUGGAAAGUUGAAGGUCUUAAAUUUACAGGGAUCUACGCAGCUUGACCAUAUAUCAAAUUUCUCAACUAUGCCAAAUCUAGAGAGACUAAAUCUUAGACUUUGUGGAAGUCUGGACAAGAUUGACUCAUCUAUUGGAGUCUUGACAAAGCUUACUUGGUUGGAUUUGAGUAAUUGCAAACUGCUUAAGAGUUUGCCAAGUAGCAUUCAGUACUUGGACUCCCUUGAAGAACUGUAUUUACGUAAUUGCUCGAGCUUGGAGAAAUUUCUGGAGAUGGAAAGAGGUUGUAUGAAAGGUUUAAGGGAGCUUUGGUUAGAUAAUACUGCUAUUGAAGAAUUAUCCUCCUCAAUAGUUCACAUCACUUCACUUGAGUUAUUAUCUUUGAGAAUAUGCAAAAACCUGAAGAGUCUUCCAAGCAACAUUUGUGGGUUGGAGUCCCUUACAACACUCGAUCUCAGAGAUUGUUCCAACCUGGAGACAUUUCCGGAAAUCAUGGAGGACAUGCAACAUUUAGAAAGUCUUAAUCUACGUGGAACGGGUAUAAAACAGAUAGCAGCACCAUUUGAACAUCUGAAUCAGCUACUUUUUUUUUCAUUGUGUUUCUGCAAAAACCUGAGGAGUCUUCCAAGCAACAUUUGUAGGUUGGAGUCCCUUACAACACUCGAUCUCAAUCAUUGCUCAAACCUGGAGACAUUUCCGGAAAUCAUGGAGGACAUGCAAGAGUUGAAAAACCUUGAUUUACGUGGAACGGCUAUAAAAGAGUUACCAUCAUCCGUUCAACGAAUAAAGCGUCUUAGAUAUUUGGAUUUGAGUAAUUGCAAGAACCUUGAGACUCUUCCACACACCAUUUAUGAUUUGGAAUUUCUUGUAGAUCUGACUGCCCAUGGCUGUCCAAAACUGAAGAAGUUUCCUAGGAACAUGGGGAAUCUGAAAGGCUUACGCUCCUUAGAAAACCUAGAUUUGAGUUAUUGCGAUGGGAUGGAAGGAGCAAUCUUCAGUGAUAUCGGUCAAUUUUAUAAGCUGAGAGAGCUUAAUAUCAGCCACUGCAAGUUGCUUCAAGAAAUUCCGGAGUUUCCAUCAACUUUACGAGAAAUUGAUGCUCAUGAUUGCACGGCCUUGGAAACUUUGUUUAGUCCAUCAAGUCCACUCUGGUCUUCUUUCCUCAAAUUGUUGAAAUCAGCUACUCAGGAUUCAGAAUGUGACACACAAACGGGAAUCAGUAAAAUUAAUAUUCCAGGAAGUAGCGGAAUUCCAAGGUGGGUAUCCUAUCAGAAAAUGGGGAACCAUAUAAGAAUACGGCUUCCUAUGAAUUUGUACGAGGAUAACAACUUCUUCGGAUUUGCUUUCUUCUAUCUUUAUCAGAAAGUAAAUGGUUCUGAGAAACAUUUUGAGGAUGAUUUUCCUUUACUCUACUCUUGGAAAUUGCUUGGUGGCUCGUCUGAUAAAGGGGAUUCUUCCUUCUUUAUUAACUAUGACCCAUGUGAAUGCUACAAGAGUAAUGGUGGUGUGUCAGAUCGAUUGUGGGUGGUGUAUUACCCUAAGGUUGCUGUUCUAGAUGAGCAUGACUCCAAUCAACGCAGAAGCCUUGAAAUUUCAUUUGAUAGUCAUCAAGCAACUUGCGUCAACAUCAAAGGAGUUGGGAUACAUCUUGUAUACAUCCAAGAUCAUCAACAAAACCAUGCUGCGCUAGACUUACUGGAUGCUCAAGGAAAUUUGGAUGUCCAAUACCCAACAUUCCAAGAUGAUGAACACAACCAUAUUCCUAUGCCUUUGGAUCUUAGGAAUUUUGGUGAUGAUGGAUCAAUACCAUCAGAGGAUACUAAUUAAUGUCAAGCUUUGAACUCAGAUCACUGGGUGCAUGAGCAAAGAUUCUUUUCGUUUAAGCUGUCCUGAAUAUUCAUUGGUAUUUCAAGAGCAAAAAGCUUCGCCACGACCACGUCUUCUAGUAGCUGCUGUCUGCAAACACCUUCUAAUUAGCCACGGUCACGUGUUUCUCCUGCUGAAGUCGCUGCCAUUGUUGUUUUGUUGAAGGAUAAGAGCCAUUUCCUGAUCUAGAGAAAUAGUGGAGGAUUAUAUCACUUUAACAUGACUGCUAAUCCAUAGUAUAGCGAUCACUACCUGCCAAUAGUGUUUUUGUCAGUCAAGAUUCAUACAAGGCCACUUUGUCUUCCCAGUAUUUCGGCAUCCAUUGUGGAGGAGAACUGGUCAUAAAAAUUCUCAAACCAUGAGGUGCAACUUCUCACUCUGCAACCCAUUUUGCGGUCUACUCCUUCGCUUGCCGCGACUCCCCCUGUCACAACCACCCACUCCUUUGCAUCCCUAAAUGGAUAUGUUGGCCUACAUGAGAAACUGGUGGGAGUUUUCGAGCUUGUUUUUUGUUGCUGCAUUCCAUGGGAAGGUUGUUAGGUCUAUCUUGAGUUUAAAGUAGUCAACAUCUACACAAUUAAAAGCGGGGCAUUACAAAUAGUGUUACAACAACUACCCCUUGGAUGUGGGCUCAUCAUCGGACCAGGGCGAUUAUUAUUUUCUUUAAUUAUCAGGGCAGUGAGUGGCUUCAAAUAAUGCAGUUGUAUGUUGGAGGAAAUGCAUCCCCUUCUGAUUCAGUGUAUAAUAGGUUUCUUGAUAGAAAGUAAUGGCUUGAAAAGAACAUGAUAGAUUUGUGUCUGCUACAUAUGUUGUUCAGUGGUUGUGAAUACUCUUAUUUUGGGUUGUUGAUUGGCCUUGUUAAUUGAACACGAAGUGUUCUCGAGAAAAUGAAAGGACAUGGCUAAGAAAUCGUUUCUUGUUGAUAA